CUAACUCAGACGGAGAGGGGGAGAGAGAGAGAAAGCGGGGACAAAAUUUACCAGAAAUAAAUGAAAGAAAAUAGGAUGGGAGGAUACCUAUGAUCUCCCUGUCCGUCGCCAAUUUGUUGAUUUGCCUCGCCAGUCGGCCACCCCGCGUUGCCUCUCUGUCUUUCCUUCUCUCUCUCUCUCUCUCUCUUAUUUCUCUCUCUCUCUCUCUCUCAACAACGACUCAAAAAACGAACCCAACCUCUCAAGUAUCCCACCCUCCCGAAAGCAACAGCCUAAGCCCCUUUCAAAUCCUACCUGUCCACUUUACCCUCACAAACCCUAAAAGAGGUAGGAGAGAGAGAAUCGCAGCAGAGAGAGAUAUAUAGAGAGAGAGAAAGCGAAGCAAGAGGCACAUGCUCCCCCCCCUGGUUACUUUGUACGAUUGGAGGAUACAAGUGCUGAGGACGAUUUAUACUUGAGGAAGAAAGUCAGGAUGCGCAGGUGGCUCUGUUGUACUUGUCACGUCGAAGAGUCUUAUCCAUCAAACGAAAAUGAACACCUGAAGAGCCCAAAGCACUAUGCAGAUGGGAACCAAAAGGGAUCUAAGGUGUCAGCUCCUGUAAAAUCUGAAGUACAGAAGGCUGCUCCACCUAUUGAAGUGCCUCAAUUAUCUGUGGAGGAGCUAAAAGAGAAGACUGACAAUUUUGGAUCCAAAUCAUUGAUCGGUGAAGGUUCGUAUGGGAGAGUAUAUUAUGCAAGCUUGAAUGAUGGUAAAGCUGUGGCCGUGAAGAAGCUUGAUGUUGCCUCUGAACCUGAGACAAAUGUUGAGUUUUUGACCCAGGUUUCCAUGGUUUCAAGACUGAAGCACGAAAAUCUUGUUGAGUUGCUUGGUUACUGCGUUGAUGGAAGUCUGCGUGUUUUGGCUUAUGAGUUUGCAACCAUGGGAUCUCUACACGACAUAUUACAUGGUAGAAAGGGAGUUCAAGGGGCUCAACCUGGCCCUACACUAGACUGGAUGCAGCGGGUAAAAAUUGCAGUUGAUGCAGCUAGGGGGUUAGAAUACUUACACGAGAAGGUUCAACCUGCUAUCAUACACAGAGAUAUAAGAUCUAGCAAUGUGCUUCUCUUUGAAGAUUUUAAAGCCAAGAUAGCAGAUUUUAAUCUGUCAAAUCAGGCUCCUGAUAUGGCUGCUCGUCUUCAUUCUACUCGAGUUUUGGGAACAUUUGGUUAUCAUGCCCCAGAGUAUGCAAUGACUGGUCAAUUGACACAGAAGAGUGACGUGUACAGCUUUGGAGUGGUUCUACUAGAACUGCUGACUGGGAGGAAACCUGUUGAUCAUACAAUGCCUCGUGGACAGCAGAGUCUUGUUACUUGGGCUACUCCAAGAUUGAGCGAAGACAAAGUUAAACAAUGUGUUGAUCCAAAGCUAAAGGAGUAUCCUCCUAAGGGGGUCGCUAAGCUGGCAGCUGUUGCAGCAUUGUGUGUGCAAUAUGAAGCCGAGUUCCGGCCAAAUAUGAGCAUUGUUGUGAAGGCUCUUCAACCGCUUCUGAAGCCACCAGCACCGGCUCCGGAGUCUUGAAGGAAAAAGCCCCGGUGAAAUUUCCUUCUGCUGGAAUUUUUGCAUCCUUGAAACACAGCUUUCAACUGCCUGCUGCUCAUUUCAUCGUAAACUUCUAUAUAUAUUUUCUUGUUUUACUUUUCGUGUAUGAGAUUGGAUGUGUAGGAUUGAUUUUGACCAGUUUCGUGUCAUUGCUGAGUGCUGUAUGUUGCAGGAACUAUCGCGGUGUCUUAUUUUGUUUGUCAUAAGUUGACUCGGGGGUUGGGUUUUGAGGUGGAUAUAUAUAUAUAUAUUUUUUUUUUGGAAACUAAGGUGGAUAUAUAUUUCACUGAAUAUUGUUUGCUUUC